GACACCAUGGAUCUAGCUAUGCAUUCUUCUAGUUCAUCUCCUGGACAGUGCUCACUGCUGCUCACUAUUCACGGCUAUAUUUGACCAAUCAUCUGUCGCGGUACUCAAGUCUCAACCAGGAGGAUUCCAUGAGCAGUAUUUGAUCGUGAUACAGCAAUCAUCCCACGAUGAAGGAGUGAGGCUGCGACAAGGGACUUUCUUCACGAGACCAACCCAGUCUCUCUCAUUGUUGCUGUCAGUGGCUUAUCAAUAUCACACUCUCACCUACAACAUGUCCUCUCGUAUCUUCCUCGACAAUCACCCCAUCCUCAUCACCAUCAUCUCACUCACCAUCAUCUCUAUUGCGACCAAUCUCCUCAAGCAGCUUUUUUUCCGAGACCCUCACCGACCUCCCGUCGUCUGGCACUGGGUCCCCAAGAUCGGAAGCACCGUUGAUUAUGGCCAGGAUCCCUAUGAUUUCUUCUUUCGGUGUCGCCAAAAGUAUGGCGAUUGCUUCACAUUUGGUCUUCUGGGGAUGAAAGUCACAGUCUACCUGGGUCCCAAGGGGAACAAUUUCAUUCUCAAUGGAAAAUUGAAGGACUUGAAUGCAGAGGAAGUCUAUGGCCCAUUGACCAUUCCAGUAUUUGGCCCUGGGGUCGUCUACGCCGUUGAAAAUGCAAGGUUCAUGGAUCAAAAGCGGCUAUUGAAAGAAGGCUUCACCUCGCAAAGCCUUCGCUCAUAUAUCCCACUCUUUGUGCACGAAGUGCAGCUUUUCAUCAAAACCAAUCCAGCCUUCCAAUCGACCACAGGCAUAUGCGAUGUCUCAUCCAUAAUCUCGGAAAUCUCAUUAUACACAGCGGCGGGAUCUUUACAAGGGAAAGAAGUUCGAGACUCAUUUGACUCGACGUUUGCGACGUACUACCGACACUUGGACGAUGCAUUUGCACCGAUUAACUUCAUGUUCCCAUGGCUACCAAUCCCAAUCAACAUACGACGGGACCGAGCACAAAAGAAGAUGGCGAAGCUGUACAUGGACAUUGUCCAAAAAAGACGACAGCAGGGAAAACGGGACGAUUCGUCGCACGACAUGCUAUGGGCACUACUAGACGCACGGUACAAGGACGGCACGGCCAUUACAGACCUAGAGAUCGCCAACCUAAUGAUCGCGCUCCUGAUGGGUGGACAGCACAACACUGCCGCCAGUGGCACCUGGGUCAUGCUACACCUGGCACACCGGCCCUGGCUGAUCGAGGAGCUAUAUCAAGAGCAAAAAGAGAUGCUGGGCGAACAAAUGACCUCCUUGACCUACGAGUCGCUUCAGCGCCUCACCUUGCACAACAACGUCAUCCGAGAAACCUUGCGGUUACAUAGCCCCAUCCACUCCAUCAUGCGCAAAGUCAAGACUGAUAUGCCCAUCCCCGACUCUGACAUGGUUGUCCCUCAGGGACACAUCCUGCUCGCUGCGCCAGGUGUUCUUGGCCGGUCAGACGAAUUCUUCCCGGAUGCCAUGAACUGGGACCCGCAUCGAUGGGACCAACAGCCUGAAUCGACGACCCCCUCCACGGAUCAGUCCAAAGACUCUAGCUCCAAAGACACAGAUACUAUCGACUAUGGCUACGGCGCCGUCUCAUCAAAGGCUGCAUACAGUCCAUAUCUACCCUUUGGAGCCGGACGCCAUCGCUGUGUCGGCGAGACCUUUGCAUAUGCCCAGUUAGGCUCCAUUCUCGUCACCUUGGUCAGGUUGUUACAGUGGGAGCAGGUUGAUCCCAAGGCACCGGUUCCCAAAACGGAUUACUCGUCAAUGUUCUCCAGACCAGUGCAUCCUGCAACGAUCCGGUGGAAGCUUCGUCAAGCUCCCGCGUAGCGAACACAGCUACAACGCGUCGACGACACUCGUCGAGUCAACACAAUAGACAUAAUAGACAUUACAGGUUAAAGUCAAGAUUAGCAACGAGAGAUGGGCGAAUCACUCUCGUGACUUCCUUAUAUCAUAGAGUCGUCAAACUGCCCGUAUCAUUAUAUAUCAACAACAAGACUCCUUAUGCUAUGACAUG